AUGGAGAGAACGGCAGUAGUUGGACACAGAGAGCCGUUGCCUGAUGAUAGUAAAGACAAUAUCACCAUUUUCACCCGAAUCCUAGACAGGCUGUUGGAUGGAUAUGACAACAGGCUACGUCCUGGGCUGGGAGAGAGUGUGACAGAAGUGAGGACGAACAUCUACGUGACAAGUUUUGGGCCGGUGUCAGAUACAGACAUGGAGUACACCAUCGAUGUCUUCUUCCGUCAGAGUUGGAGGGACGAGAGGCUGAAGUUUGACGGGCCCAUGCAAGUUUUACCCCUCAACAACCUCCUGGCCAGUAAGAUCUGGACUCCUGAUACCUUCUUCCACAACGGAAAGAAAUCUGUGGCCCACAACAUGACGACUCCUAACAAGCUGCUACGACUAGUCGACAACGGCACGCUUCUCUACACGAUGAGGUUGACCAUUCACGCUGAGUGCCCCAUGCACCUGGAGGAUUUCCCGAUGGAUGCACACGCCUGUCCUCUGAAAUUUGGAAGUUAUGCCUACACCAACAACGAGGUGAUCUACCUGUGGACCCAGGGAGAUGAGAGGUCUGUUGCUGUGGCAGAGGAUGGCUCCAGGCUGAACCAGUAUGACUUACUUGGACACGUUAUUGGCAAAGAAACCAUCAGCUCCAGCACAGGAGAAUAUGUAGUGAUGACAACAUAUUUCCAUUUGAAAAGGAAAAUUGGCUAUUUUGUGAUUCAAACCUACCUCCCGUGCAUCAUGACUGUCAUUCUUUCUCAAGUCUCCUUCUGGCUAAACAGAGAAUCAGUUCCUGCUCGCACUGUAUUUGGAGUCACCACUGUCCUAACCAUGACCACCUUGAGCAUCAGUGCUAGAAACUCCCUUCCUAAGGUGGCCUAUGCCACUGCCAUGGACUGGUUCAUGGCUGUGUGCUAUGCCUUUGUCUUCUCUGCCUUGAUUGAGUUUGCCACAGUCAACUACUUCACCAAGCGCAGCUGGGCAUGGGAUGGGAAAAAAGAGGGCAUGGAAAUAAGGGAACCGUUUCAGGCUAACAUGGCCAGGAUUAAAGAUAUGAGAAGAGAAUCCGCGACUUUGUCCAAAAAGGCAAACAACACCUUCAACAUUGUCGGAACCACCUACGCCAUCAACGUAGCUAAAGACCAAGGUUUAACGACCAUUUCCAAGAGUGCCGGCGGAGCGUCAGCCAAACACCCCUAUCUCCAUAAAAUGGAUGACCCCUACACGGAGGCAAAGAAGUCCUACAACCGUGUCAGCAAAGUGGACAAGAUAUCGCGCAUCAUUUUCCCAGUUCUGUUCUUCAUCUUCAACUUAGGCUACUGGGCCACGUAUGUCAACAGAAAGCCCGCUAUCAUGAAGGCAAACAACCUAAACUGA